UUUCGUAAAAGGAAGAAGGAGGCGACUUCCAAAUUUUGAAUUAGUCCUUGUGGGAAAAAGAAGAGGGAAAUCCAUAACCUUCUGCAAGGUCUGGGCCCCAUCUCUGGGUCUCACGAAAGUUGGCCAACGGGGAGGAAGACGGAUCCGAGAGGGGCGGGGAGACGUUACGUUGACGCGGACGCGACCCUGCCCAAUAGCGUUUGGCGGGAUUUCCGAAGGCUGCAGGUUCGGCGCGCGCUGCUGCCUGAGACCGAGGUCUGAGGAGAGCUCAGACGCGCAGCUGGGAGCUGAGAAGUUUCCUGUAUUCCGUGCCGAAGGCCGGAGCAGGGGAGUAGAGAGGUGGACGCGGCGAGGGGCUCUGCACUCCGUCCGGGGUCGAGCGCGCGCGGGUCCAGCGGACUGAGGUUCGGAACGCUCAGCCGGCCAGAGCGGGUAGCGCUGCAGGCCGAGUAUUGAACACUGAGUAAUGGCUAUGCAGAUGCAGCUUGAAGCAAAUGCAGAUACUUCGGUGGAAGAGGAGAGCUUUGGCCCACAGCCUAUUUCACGAUUAGAGCAAUGUGGCAUAAAUGCCAAUGAUGUCAAAAAAUUGGAAGAAGCUGGAUUCCACACCGUGGAGGCUGUUGCCUAUGCACCAAAGAAGGAGCUAAUAAAUAUUAAGGGGAUUAGUGAAGCCAAAGCUGAUAAAAUUCUGACCGAGGCAGCUAAAUUAGUUCCAAUGGGUUUCACCACUGCUACUGAGUUCCACCAAAGGCGAUCCGAGAUCAUACAGAUUACUACUGGCUCCAAAGAGCUUGACAAGCUACUUCAAGGAGGAAUUGAGACUGGAUCCAUCACAGAGAUGUUUGGAGAAUUCCGAACUGGGAAGACCCAGAUCUGUCAUACAUUGGCUGUAACAUGCCAGCUUCCCAUCGACCGAGGUGGAGGUGAAGGAAAGGCCAUGUACAUUGACACUGAGGGUACCUUCAGGCCAGAACGGCUGCUAGCAGUGGCUGAGAGAUACGGCCUCUCUGGCAGUGAUGUCCUGGAUAACGUAGCAUAUGCCCGGGCGUUCAACACAGACCACCAGACCCAGCUCCUUUAUCAAGCAUCAGCCAUGAUGGUAGAGUCCAGGUAUGCACUGCUAAUUAUAGACAGUGCCACCGCCCUCUACAGAACGGACUAUUCGGGUCGAGGUGAGCUUUCAGCCAGGCAGAUGCACUUGGCCAGGUUUCUGCGGAUGCUUCUGCGACUUGCUGAUGAGUUUGGUGUAGCAGUGGUAAUCACCAACCAGGUGGUAGCCCAAGUGGAUGGAGCAGCCAUGUUUGCUGCAGAUCCUAAAAAACCUAUUGGAGGAAAUAUCAUUGCUCAUGCCUCAACAACAAGACUAUACCUGAGAAAAGGAAGAGGGGAAACAAGAAUCUGCAAAAUCUAUGACUCUCCUUGUCUUCCUGAAGCUGAAGCUAUGUUUGCCAUCAAUGCGGAUGGAGUGGGAGAUGCCAAAGACUGAAUCAUUGGGAUUUUUACCCUGUGACAAACCUGAAGUGCUGCAGCCUAAUGGAGAGGAUUGCUCCCUGGGGUUCUUCCCAGGCCUCUUUCAGCUGUGACUGCCAGGAAAAGGCUUCCAGGAAAACAGCUAUUAUAUUGGCUUUUUUAUGGUGUAAACACGAGCAGGUCAGUAGUCACAAGCUGAUCUGAAAUGUUUAUUCCUUCUAGAGUGUAUUAAUCUCUCUGUGAAUUCUUUGGUUUUGGGGGGUAGGUAUGAAAUACCUUUGACAUCAUAGUGCCUUGGGGUUGACUCAGGAUUAACUGCUGUCUACUAGACAGUCUUAGGUCUCUAGAAGAACUAAAGCUAGGGAGGCAGGCAUGACUUCUCUCACUGUCUGAAUAAUGUUGAAAAAAAAAAAAAAAGAUGCCUGAGCUAUGUACAAAGAGAAUGGAUCUCCUCACAGGUUUCUUUUUCUCUGUUUAUAAAACUGUUAAGUCAGAAGCA